UGUUUUACAAAGGUUUGUCGAACAAUUAUAUUUGCAGGUAAGCUGUCAUUUAAAUAUCAGUGUAUUUAUUGGCACAACUAUUUCCGCACCCUUCACCAGGUAAAUAAGAAUUUUUACUAAACGUUGUUUCUGCCUCUCCUUUCGAGGCGUACUGUCCUAGCUAUAGAUUGGCAAUGUUGCUAUGUACAGCCCAAAAAGGUUUUGUUUUAAUAGCAAUCAGUUAUGAGGCUGAAAAUUGUUUUUAAUUAAAAAUUAAACUUAAAAUUAAAAAAAAAUCAAAAUUAAAGUUGGACCAGAUAAAUUGCCUUUCUUGACAUUAGAUGGGAAAAAAACCUUAAUACUUAUAGUUAAUUCUUUCAAGUUGCAGAAAAAUUGACCAAUAGAAUGAAAUUGGACAAGUAAUUUGAUGUUAAAGAAUAUAGCAUAUAUAUGACCGUCGCCCAAAGUUUGGAGGAUCGUCUCCUCUGGCGAAGAUGGUUCUUUGCACUGUCUCACAUUUCAUUGUUCUUCUUUAUAAACGUGAAAAAUUCUUACCGGAAGCAAGGUUUGAACUUGAAAACUUUUCGCACAGGUUCCCAACGUCAGGUGGUCGAGGAGCCUUCAAGCGGAGGUCUGGGUCGAAUUUGUAGCCAAAAACAACAAAAUUCAUCAUGGCAAAAAUAAUCCUGAAAUGUGAAGGAAACUUUUUCAAUAGUGGAACAUCACAUGACUUUCAUUGGGAAAACCACUUAAACUAAAGGGCUUUAUCUUUACCAAUUCAAGAAUGUUUUUCCUCAGGUCCCUAAUGUCACGUGGUCGAACAGACUUCAGAAAGAAGCGAAGGUCUGGGUCAAAUAUCUAGCGGAAAACAACAAGUUUGAACAUAGCAAAAAGAAUCCUGGGAAUUUAUACCUGUCCCACCCUAACGAUUACCCAAAAGAGUAUUGCAGUGAUGCUGUACAAUGGUUCCAUUGGGAGGAGAAGUAUUACAAUUAUGACAAACCCGGUUAUGUCAAUAAAGCGGGACAUUUUACACAGGUAUGUUACCUGAUGGUGAUAUAAACGCGUUAAUGACGUUAUCAUAGUCCAACAUCUCGUUCCCGGGCUAAUAUUGAAUAUCGUUGUGCAGGGAAUUUUAUACACAGGUUGUAUUAAAGCCUGAUAAAAAUUAUCGAAUGGUUUGAUAGAUUACGAAAAUCUCGUACCGGGAUAUUUGUUGAAAACUAGGAUUUCUAGGCUUUAAAAAUAAUGAAAAAAAUUCAGCAAAAAUCAUAACCAUAAUGCAUUUCCAGAGAUAUAGUUCCUAUACCACAGUACGCCAAGAAGGCCGAUGCUUUUACAAGGCUUCUACCUAUACUUGUCAGGGCCUUGGUCCAAGGAGUCUAACCAAGGAGUCUAAAGCUGUUACUCACUGAUUCUGAUAACACCUUAACGACUGAAGCUGAAUUGCAUUUAAAUGCCUUAGUUUACAAUUCAGCUUCUGUCGUUAAGGUGUUAUCAGAAUCAGUGAGUAACAGCUUUAGACUCCUUGGACCGAGGCCCUGACAAGUAUAGGUAGAAGCCUUGUAAAAGCAUCGGCCUUCUUGGCGUACUGUGGUAUAGGAACUAUAUCUCUGGAAAUGCAUUAUGUUUAUGAAAAAGAUGUGCCACUUCAGAGAGUCUUUGAUUUGUUAUCUCUAGGUAGUCUGGAGAAACUCAAGACAAAUUGGAGCAGCUUGGGAAAUACGUAAAGAUAAGAGACUUGUUGUUUCUAUCAAAUACAACCCUGGAGGCAAUUAUGUCGGUUACUUCAGUAAAAACGUUUUCCCACCCACUGGAAGUACAUUGGGGCCCAAUUGGCCUUACAGUCCGCCCAAGUUUACAAGGUGCCCACCCCCCCGUUCAGCUGCAGCAAGAAAAAGGGUGUGUGGUCUUUACAUGGUUGUCGGAACUUUAGUC